UGACUCGUAUCGUCAUUUUUCCCCAGGAUCACUCAGUUUCAUCCCAGCAACGCCUGAGUAACACGCGGUCCUAUUUCAUUUCUUGUUCUAGCCACGCCAAUCCGAUCGCCGCGUGUAUUCCGCGGCGACUUGAUAAGGAGAACCGGCCGGAGAGCCAAUCGAUCGAUGGAAGAAAGUAGCGAUCGAGAUCGACCGAAACCGAUCGUCGAAGCGGCCGAUUUUCACUCGCGCAGCAUCGCACGACGCGCGUACGCACGCGUGGGCCUGUUGGGGAAUCCUAGCGACGGCUACAAUGGGAAGACGCUCUCCUUCUCGCUCGCCAACUUUUUCGCCGAAGUCACGUUACAGUCUUCACGGGCUGUCGCAAUAAAGCCGUGCGCGGGUGACUUUGUUGCCGAAUUCGCAUCGCUAAGGGAUCUGGGGCGGCACAGGCGGAGCAAUCCAAGGAGCAGCGGCCUGAGCAUGCGGAUGGCGGCGUUUGUCUUCUAGUGUCUCUGUGCGCAUGCCUUCACGACUACUGCCAGCUGCACGGCAUUGACUUGCCGCCACACGCCGCCUUCACACUCUCCUACUCCACCAACAUACCCCGCCAGGUGGGCCUGUCCGGCUCCAGUGCAAUCAUUGCUGCUGCCCUCAGCUGUCUCCUCCACCACUUCCACCUCCACCACUCCAUUCCUGUAGCUGUGCGCCCGAACCUCAUUCUCGAGGCGGAGAGCAGGCUCGGCAUCGCAGCGGGCCUGCAGGAUCGGGUCAUCCAAACCUACGGUGGUCUGGUGUUCAUGGACUUCAACCGUGCACACCUAGACGCACACGGCUACGGAAUCUACGAGCCCAUGGAUCCAGCUCUCCUACCGCCCCUCCACGUCAUCUUUGCUGCCAAUCCGAGCGAUUCCGGGCAAGUGCACAGCUCGGUGCGCCAACGAUGGCGGGACGGUGACGUGGCGGUGCGCCAGGCCAUGGCUGACGUGGCAGCACUGGUGGAGGAGGGGCGGGAUGCGCUCGUAGCACAGGAUUGGGGGAAGCUUGCUCGGCUCAUGGACAGAAACUUUGAUCUGCGCAGGCAGAUGUUUGGGGACGAGGUGCUGGGCGAGGUGAACCUAGCUAUGGUGCAGACAGCCAGAGCCGUGGGUGCCGCAGCCAAGUUCACAGGCAGUGGCGGUGCCGUGGUGGCGUUUUGCCCAGAGGGGGAGCAGCAGAGAGCGCGGCUGGUAGAGGCGUGGAGGGAGACGGGGUUCUGUGUGGUGGAUGCUCAGGUGGCUGCUGCUGAAGAGUUGGAGUGAAGGGUUGACUGGUUGAUGGGCUUAGCGUGCACUGACCAGCCAUUCAAUCUCGUGGGCAGUGGCGGUGCGGUGGUGGCUCUCUCUCUCAGAGUUAGAAUUGUUGAGUAGAAUGGGAGUAUACAGGGGUAUAUAGCUAGUGGGUUCUACUCUCUAUGGCAUGACCCUAUGUAGUCUACUGAACAUACACAGAUAUGUCUGACACACCCCCUAGACUAGAUAGGGGCAGAGCCUGGUGAGAGACAAGCAGCACGGGGCGGCACUACUAGUCCAACCUCUGAGGCAGGGGUCUGAAGACCAGU